UCCCGUGUCGUUCCCAUGUCACUCCCGUGUCAUUCCCGUGUCCCAGGUGAGAACAAGGAGGAGGACAGCAGCGUCAUCCACUACGACAACGAGGCCAUCGCCCGCCUGCUCGACCGCAACCAGGACGCGACGGACGACGCCGACGUGCAGAACAUGAACGAGUACCUGAGCUCCUUCAAGGUGGCCCAGUACGUCGUCAGGGAGGAGGACAAGAUCGAGGAGAUCGAGCGGGAGAUCAUCAAGCAGGAGGAGAACGUGGACCCCGACUACUGGGAGAAGCUGCUGCGCCACCACUACGAGCAGCAGCAGGAGGACCUGGCCCGGAACCUGGGCAAGGGCAAGCGCGUCAGAAAACAGGUCAACUACAACGACGCCGCCCAGGAGGACCAAGACAACCAGUCCGAGUACUCGGUGGGCUCCGAGGAGGAGGACGAGGACUUCGACGAGAGGCCGGAGG